AUGGCGAUUAAGUGGAAACGUAAAGCUAUUCGCGUCGUAGCCUCCUCCUCAGGAAGUGUAUGGAUUGGAAGAUAUUUGAUUGAUGAUGAUGAUGUUGAUGAGCAAUCUCAAGAGUUUCAGAUCCAACUUAAUUACCAGGAUAUGGCCACUGAGGAAGAAGACAAGUUACUUGAUGCCUUGCUUUCCAAGGAUGGAGCUUCAAUAGCUAAACGUCUCUCUAAUUGCUGCUUUGCUAAGUUUGGCGGAGUUGGAAUUUUUAUGGCCGAACAAGUUUCUUCAUCAAAGUUAUUCUGGAGAAGAGAUAUGCAAUGGCGUAUCGGGCGAUUGAUGCGGUUACCACUCACUUCUUUAGAUUUCAUAAGGAGACGAAUGUUAUACCCGUCAUUUGGCACCAAACACUUCUUGCCUUUGUGCAAUGGUAAGUAA